AUGGAUGAUCUUAUGCUUGACCUUUUGUUUGACCCAGACGAAAUAUCUCCGUGGUCGUUACUGUGGCCGUCAUGCCUUUUAUGUGGCGCCGUAAUUCGCCCUGCUCAUUGUAGCGUUUCUUCCACGGCAUAUCAGAGGACUGUAGGCAGGCAGCUCCAUCAAAAGAAUGACCAGGAACAUAAGCAAGUUGUUAUUUCCGCAAAAAAGGUCGAGGAAGAGUACCUUUCCGAUUGCCCAUCACUCGGAGCAUCCACGUUCCGAGCCAUCAUGAUCGAUGUGGAUGGGCAGUUUCACUUGACCGGUAUCUGCAUUGCUGGCUGGAGCUGCAACGACAUGAGAAACUUCGCCGUUCUUCCAAGAGACAUGUCCAUUGCACGCAUCGGCGCAAGCAGCCCGGACUUUUCAUUCCAUCCAGCACCUUGUGAGCCGGGAUUCACACGCUUUCGACCCCUGGGGGUGAAAGAUGCGCCACCCAAGCAGCCGCCAUCUUCCCCAACUGGGUACUUGCUCCAUGCACAUUGCUGGAUGCUCCUGGGUCGAGUCUGCGAGCGGAAGAAAGCGACAUUGGAACUCCUCGAUUUGGGCCGAGUUGUGCGCGCAGCAACGGCACUACGGACAACAGAACCCAAUGCUUGGUACAUGGCCGGCGGUUAUGGUCAUGGCAAUCCUCUCGUCAUCCCCCGGAUUCGGAGUGCAAUUUCUCUCGCCGAAAGGACCGUCACACGGACAAGAUGUGCCAAAAGCUCUGCGCUCAAGGCGAUACAGUCGACACUUUCAAUGGAAUCGAGCCACCCGAUGAACACUCUGCCCCUCGAUAUCGCCGUUAUGAUUGCUGAACUGCUCUGCCCUGUUGUUUACCACGAAUAUCAAGCCGCGACGCUCAGGGACUUUCUUUCUAUCUUUCAGUGGACACUGCCCGAGUGUUUUUGGCGGAGUCGAGUGGACGAGGGAUUGUUCUUUGAACUGGAGGACCUCCGGAAGUCCGAUAUCAAUACUAGUAUCGACUGGCAAGCUCUGCGAUUAGAACUGAUGCAAAUUUACGGAUACAGAUUACGCUAUCGAACUGGAUGGGCAAUUCGAAUUCAGGUACUUGGAACGUUGAUAAAGUUGCUGGCUGCCUAUCUAGAAGACAAGGAAGAGCAAGCGCCAGGCCACAAGCUUUUACUUUGA